AUGCCCCCCAGGAAGAGGACGCGGCCGGGCCUGGGCUUCCUGUGCUGCUUCGGUAGCAGCGAGCCUCCGGAGAUCAACCUCAAAGACAGCGUGCCACUGCAGCUACUGGAGUUCAGUGCCCCCAUGCCGCCCGCCGAGGAGUUGCAUGCUCGUUUCUCCGAACUGGUGGAUGAACUGGACCUGACGGACAAGAACAGGGAGGCCAUGUUCGCGCUGCCCGAUGAGAAGAAAUGGCAGAUCUACUGCAGCAAGAAGAAGGAGCAAGAGGACCCCAACAAGCUGGCCACCAGCUGGCCCGACUACUACAUCGACCGCAUCAACUCCAUGGCUGCUAUGCAGACCCUGUUUGCCUUCGAUGAGGAGGAAAUGGAAAUGAGAAACAAGGUGGUGGAAGAUCUGAAGACCGCACUUCGGACUCAGCCGAUGAGGUUCGUCACGCGCUUCAUCGAGCUCGACGGCCUCACCUGCCUCCUCAACUUCCUGCGCAGCAUGGACUACGAGACGUCCGAGAGCCGCGUUCACACCUCCGUCAUCGGCUGCAUCAAGGCCCUGAUGAACAACUCGCAGGGCCGCGCGCACGUCCUCGCCCACCCGCAGAGCAUCAACACCAUCUCGCAGAGCCUGCGGACGGAGAACAUCAAGACCAAAGUGGCGGUGCUGGAGAUCCUCGGGGCGGUGUGCCUGGUGCCCGACGGGCACAAGAAGGUGCUGCAGGCCAUGGCGCACUACCAGAAGUACGCCGCGGAGAGGACUCGCUUCCAGACGCUGCUCAAUGAGCUGGACAAGAACACAGGCCGCUACAGAGACGAGGUCAACCUAAAGACGGCCAUCAUGUCCUUCAUCAACGCCGUGCUCAACGCCGGAGCCGGAGAGGACAACCUGGAGUUCCGCCUCCACCUAAGGUACGAGUUCCUGAUGUUGGGCAUCCAGCCGGUCAUCGACAAGCUCCGGGAGCAUGAGAACGCCACUCUGGAUAGGCAUUUGGACUUCUUUGAGAUGGUGCGGAACGAGGAUGACUCUGAGCUGGCCAAAAGGUUUGAUGCGACCCACGUAGAUACAAAGAGUGCCGGUGCCAUGUUCGAGCUGAUCAAGAAGAAGCUGAGCCACACAGACGCCUACCCCAACCUCAUCUCCAUCCUCCAGCACUGCCUGCAGAUGCCCUACAAACGAGGCGGUGGCAGCCUGCAGCACUGGCAGCUCUUAGACCGGAUCCUCCAGCAGUUGGUCCUCCAGGACGACAAGGGAGAGGACCCCGACGCCGCCCCUUUGGACAACUUUAGUGUUAAGAACAUCAUUCGCAUGUUGGUCAACGAGAACGAGGUGAAGCAGUGGAGAGACCAGGCCGAGAAGUUCAGGAAAGAUCACAUGGAGCUGCUGGGUAAACUAGAGCGGAAGGAGCGAGAGUGCGAGACCAAGACCACGGAGAAGGAGGACAUGAUGAAGACUUUGAACAAGAUGAAGGACAAACUCCAGCGCGAGGGAGUGGAGCUGCGCUCGGCUAGGGAGCAGGUCCUGGACCUGUCCUCGCGCAUCAAUGACGUCUCUGGCGUCGGCAUGUCUUUCCCGCCUCCUCCUCCCCCUCCCGGCGGCCCCGCGGCUCCGCCUCCACCACCUAUGAUGGGGGGCUUUCCUCCGCCUCCUCCUCCGCUACCGUUCAGCUGCCCGCCUCCUCCGCCGCCUCCUCCCCCACCGGGCGGGCCGCCUCCCCCACCGGGAGCCCCUCCGAUUUUCGGAGUCCCGCCUCCUCCCAUUCUCUCUUCAUUCAACUCGGCGGCCAGCAUGCGCUCCAAGUCCAUCCCUCAGCCAUCUCAUCCCCUCAAGUCCUUCAACUGGGCUAAACUAGGAGAGAAUGUGAUUAACGGCACCAUCUGGAACGACAUCGACGACCUGAGAGCUUUCAAGAUUCUUGACCUCAAGGACAUCGAGAAGAUGUUUUCAGCCUAUCAGAGACAGCAGGACCUGCUCACUAACCAAUCCUUCAAGCAGAAGGAGACGGGCUCCAUGGACGACAUAUACGUGAGCACGCGGAAGGUCAAGGAGCUGUCGGUCAUCGACGGCAGACGUGCGCAGAACUGCGUCAUCCUUCUCUCAAAGUUAAAGAUGAGCAAUGAAGAGAUCAAGAGAGCCAUCCUGGAGAUGGAUGAGAGGGAAGAGCUGGCCAAAGACAUGCUGGAGCAGCUGUUGAAGUUUAUCCCAGAAAAAAGUGACAUUGACCUGUUGGAGGAGCACAAACACGAGCUGGAGAGGAUGGCCCGGGCUGACCGCUUCCUCUUUGAAAUGAGCAGAAUUGACCACUACCAGCAGAGACUGCAGGCUCUGUUCUUCAAGAAGAAGUUUGCAGAGCGUCUAGCGGAAACCAAGCCGAAGGUUGAAGCCCUCCUGAGCGCGUCCAGGGAGGUGGUCCGUAGCAAGAGGCUGACUCAGAUCCUGGAGGUGGUGCUGGCCUUCGGCAACUUCAUGAACAAGGGCCAGCGAGGCAACGCCUACGGCUUCAAGGUCUCCAGCCUCAACAAGAUCGCUGACACCAAGUCCAGCAUCGACAGGAACAUCACCAUGUUGCACUACCUGAUCAUGAUUGUUGAGAAGAACUACAACGACACGCUGCACAUCCAGGACGACCUCAGCAGCGUGCCGGAGGCGGCCAAAGUCAAUUUGUCGGAGUUGGAAAAAGAGGUGCACAACAUGAAAAGUGGACUGAAGGCUUUAGAAGCGGAGCUGCAGUACCAGCAGAGCCGGACGCGGGAACGCGGGGACAAGUUUGUAGCCGUGAUCGGCGACUUCAUCACCGUGGCCGGCUUCAGCUUCAGCGAGCUGGAGGACCAGCUGAGCGAGGCCAAGGACCAGUUCACCAAGUCUCUGAAGCACUUCGGGGAGGAGGAAGGGAGGAUGCAGCCCGACGAGUUCUUCGGGAUCUUCGACACCUUCUUGCAGUCGUUCAGCGAAGCGCGGCAGGACCUGGAGAACAUGCAGCGGCGCAAAGACGAGGAGGAGAGGAGGGCCCGGAUGGAGGCCAUGCUCAAGGAACAGCGGGAGCGGGAGCGGCGGGCCAAGAAGAGCGGGGCCUCGGACGAGGUCGGCGGGGAGUUUGACGACCUGGUGUCGGCGCUGCGCUCCGGCGAGGUCUUCGACAAGGACCUGAACAAAUUCAAGCGGAACCGCAAGCGCUCCGUCAACCAGCUGGUGGAGGGUGGGGGCCGAGAGCGGGCCGUCACCAAGGUCAACUACUAGGUCGGGGAAAAGGAAGGAGAAGAAAUCAAACACUAGACACUUAAACUCUGCCGUGGUGUCGAUCUCCUAACACCUUUAGGUCCUCGAACAGUGGCCAUUGACGUCGGACAGGAUGUCAAAUAACGGCAGGACUAGACAUGUAGAGAUGCGUGUGGACGGCCACGCUGUCGUGAAGGAUACCCUCCUCUGAUUGGUCUUGCGAAGCUGACCCCGCCCUGUUCGUCCUGGGGGCUGUGUGUGAUGUCCUGAGCCGGGAAAAGGGACAGACCACUGUGACACAUUACCCCUGCAUUUUUUCACCAUACCCUCCUCCGAACACUGUGCUCAAGCUUCCGGACCCCGCUUUUCACUGCUCCUCCUCCUUUUCUCCCCCCUCACAAGCCCCUCCCUCUUCCUCCGUGAGGGCCUCGAGACUGGAGCAGCUUCCACCUGGCUCUAAACCACACAGGACUCUGGAAGAGGGCUUUAAUUCACACCAAGUGUCCCACAAAAAGCAGACUCCUCAGCCCAGAAUCGACGUGUAUUCAUGGGAGAAAAAAAGGGACGUGCAGUCGGCAAAUCCCAGAAUGCUUUGUCGGCUUCUGAAAGAGGGAGGGGACGACGCGCUUCGCCCUGGCGGCCACACGGCGUUCCACGGGAGGACGCACGCACAGAACCCCGGGCUCCAGUUGUUCAGAGGACCCAACUCGUCUCCAGGGAAACCCCGCCGGACGCCACGAUGCCGGUGCCACGGAGAGUCGAGGCCUCGCACCCGCCCGCCGAUGGGUUCCACUCCAGUCUGGCGUCGAACCAGUGCCAAAGCAAAGAAAGAACAAAUGUAUUAAUACGAAAACAUACUGCAAUUAGGCGUUGAUAUAUAUUUAUAUUUAGAUGCAGACAAGCUAAUUGCAAAGAUGUAGAGUUUUUUUUUUAAUGUUUUCAUGGCAUUUUGGGGGUUUUGUACACGCAAUGCAUUUCCGUUGGUGUUGCAAGUUCACAUCGGUGUUGAAGUGAUUUUCUAUACAUUUUGCGCUUUAUGUAAAAAAAGAAAACGAACAAAAUCUAAACGAUAACUGCUCGUCCUUUCCACACCUGUGCGUCUCAUCUGCACUGUAGCUUUUCUAACCAACGACACGAGCCGAGCCAACCUCGAACUGGCGGCCGACCUCGUGGACCUCGCGGCGGCGGUGGCCAACGGGGAUGUUGGGUAGCACUUCUCAUUGGGCCUCUCGUGGUCCCGCCUCCGCUAUCCACCGGUGCUGAAACACAAGAGCCACCCGGCCCCCCAGUUGAGGAUUUCUACAGUUAAAGUCGUGCUCCAUCCAGGCUCAUUAAAGGGGGUUCCUGCGUGUGGUUUUUAUUUUAUUUUUUAUUUUGGUUGGCAUGGUGAUACAUGGGACUACGCCUCGUGGUGAGUCUGUUCCUGAGGUGAGGCCACACGGAGCACUGAGAGACUGAAAGUCAGCGGGAGCCUCAGAGAGCAUCAUGGGAAACAAUCCUCACUUUCCAGCUUCUCUCAAAUGUAGUAUAUGAUUUUUGUUUUUUUAUUUAUAUAUGCAUGUCUGGAGCCUCAGCAGAAGGCGGGACACAGGCUGCGAUGUGAAGUGCAGGCUUGACUCAGAACAACAGUCGGAUGGUCUCCUUGACGACGGACAUGCAGUACAGGGUGGCUUGCGACACAGAGGGGCCUCUGAUCCCGGGGCCCCUGCGGUGGGAGCCGCUCCUGGUCCGUUCUGAGGGAGCCGAGGAAGCACUGUGGCUCAUCGAGGAUCCGUUAAAGCAACAAGAAUCAUAUGAACGAGGCCAAUGAAGUCGAUAUGAAAUAUACAUUUUGUCAUUCCAUCUGCGUUGCCUGGUUACCAUCGAACAGUAAAGAGCCGUGUGGGAGCUCGCCGG